UACUCCAUCUCUCUCUCUCUCUCUUUCUCUCUCUUCAUCCCUCUCUUUUUACACACCCCACCCCCCUGAUUUGAAAACUAUACCACCACCAACGCGAGGAGCGUCGCGGCGACCAGCCACCACGCUUUACCUGAAUCGAGUCUCCCGGGAUGCUGCAAUUGUUGACAACUCCAAACGAUAGAAGAGUAGGGGGAGGAGGAGGAGGACUACGACACGAUUCGUGGGGUGCUCCCAAAUCGGCAUUUCGACCUCAACACCCCGAACGAGCAGUUCGCGUGUUACCAUGCGCGGCACCCCCUUCAACAAAAUUUCACGUCGAAUGGUUACGGAUGUUGUAACAACGGGGGUGUAGCGCAAACGCGACGGUAGCGAACAAUUUUUGCUCAAAAAAUAAAGUGUUUCUUUUUUCUGAUAUAGAGAGUGUUUAUCAUAUGCAGUGAUGGAAAUUAUUUCAUUAUUAUUAGUGAUAAUAUUGCAAUAAAAUUUUGGAAUAAAAGUGGUGCGUGCAAUUAUUUUUAUGUGAUUUUUGGGAUUGUGACUAAAGAGAGAGAAAAAAAAAAAAGAGUUUGGAAAAAAAUUAGGAUGUCAUUACCAAGGGGUGUUGGUUUAGGUGUGGAUGUGGGACAGUUAAUGCAACAUCAACAGCAGCAACAGCAACAUCAUGUGUUGCCGGCUGCAUUUUUUUUGCGAGCCAGUGCUGAACGUUAUCAAAGGACACCAAAGUGUGCUAGGUGUAGAAAUCAUGGUGUUGUGUCAGCAUUAAAGGGACAUAAACGAUAUUGUCGUUGGCGUGAUUGUGUUUGUGCAAAAUGCACUCUUAUUGCAGAAAGACAGAGGGUCAUGGCUGCACAGGUUGCACUGAGAAGACAACAGGCACAGGAGGAAAGUGAAGCACGAGAACUUGGAUUGCAAUUGCAAUAUAAUAAUGGGAGUUGUACAACAGCUCCGGUUAUGCCAACAACAACGGGUGUUGGUACUCCUGCCGGAAGUCCUCCACCACCACAUCCUGGACAUGUUGCAAGUCCAGUGGGUCUUGCAAUUCCGUCCGCAGCUGCAGCGGCUGCAGCAGCUCAAAUUCAAACGCAAUUGCAACAUCAGCAAAAUGAUUGUGGAAUACUUCAACGAAUGAGAAUACCACAACAAGAUGAUUAUCGACCAUCAGUGAAGACGGAAAAAAAUGACACAAUUGCUCAUAACAAUUCUAUUGUCAACGUUCCAGGUUCAAAAAGAGCGAGAAUUUCAGUUGAUACAUUAGAGGAAGAUGAUCGAGAUUCGGAUUCAGGUCCUGAUAUUCUUGGUGAUCGAGCUUCGACUAAAAUGAAACAUUCAGCAUGCAGUACACGAUCAAGAUCACCCUCAAGAUCUCGUUCACGUUCACGAUCACGUUCGAAUUCGCGGAGUUAUGUAACGCCAAAUGCAACACACUUAGUGGCCACUAAUGAGCCAGAAGUAAUUGUUAAUCAAAAAUGUGAAAACAGUAUCAAUGAAUCGGAAGAUGGUAGCGCAGAACCUGGUACACCUAGUCCAACACAUACACCACCUUUAACACCAGCUUUAACACCCCAAAGAGAAGAUACCCCAGCGCCGGAGAAUUUAAGUCUUAGAAAAUCUGGAAGUCCACCACAAACACAACCUAGUCUACAAGCAAUGGAUCUUGUUAAUCCAAGACAUAAUUCGCCUCCCUCCUCAUUAGCGGUGAGUUUUCAAGCUGCAGCAGCCGCGGCGCAUUUUUCACCAUAUGCUCCUCUGUAUGGACCAGCAGCUAGUUCUUUAUAUUGUUCACCAGCGUUGUAUCAGCAUCAACCACAUCCUCAUCUUCAUGAACCGCGGGAAAUACAGAUGCAAAUGCAAAUGCAGAUGCAAAAUAUUCCACAACCUUGUGGUUUGCAAGUGCAACAACAGCAGCAACAGCAGAGGUCACCUGUGGAUGUGCUGCUGCGAGUAUUUCCCGGAAGGCGACGGAGUGAUGUGGAAGCUCUACUCCACAGAUGCAAAGGUGACGUAGUAUCGGCAAUGGAAGUAAUGGUUUGUGAAGACAGUCUACAACCAAAAUCAGCCUUUUCACCAUUGGCUGGUGCCCUUGCGUCGGCUGCUGUUGCGUCUGCAGCUUCUGCGACUGCAACCGCAGCUUAUGCAACGCGAAGUGCAUAUUGUGGUCCAAGUCCCCCAACGAGGCAUAGAUUUCUAGCUGCACCAUACACUGGAACAGGAUACCUGCCAACUGUCAUUAGGCCACCUAAUCAAGCGAAUCAUCCUAACGGAACCAACGACGCAUAUCGAGAAACUAGUCCUGACGACGCCAGCGAUAAAACGAGCUAUUCCGAGUGACCUGGACCAGGUCAGACCUCAUUCUGGUCCUUUUUGUAACACUUGAAUUCAUCACACAUCAGUAAGUUCCAAAAAAAUACAUUUCAAUGCUUUUUGGACAAUUUUCUAACAUUGGAUCAAUGGACACAUAAAUUUUUGAAUCCAAUAAUUGGUGCUCGUGAAUGUAAAUCGAGAAGGAUAAUUUUAUACAAAAAGAAAAUUAUUCCUUCAUAAGGAAGUGAUCUCGCGCGUUUCCCAUUUCUCGUGAAAAGGAAAAACAAUUUUUUAUGGACGAUUCUUGUCCAUAUGACAUAUCUCGAAAAAAAAAAAUAUUGUCAAGAACAAGAAGUUCUUAGAAAAAAAAAAUAAAUGCAUUUACAACAAAAUGUAAGUAUAUAAUAGAGAUGUAAGUGUGUAGAUACGAAGAAUUCAAUGCAGUACGUAUACAUAAGUUGCUGAUGAGUAUAUAAAUAAUGUGUGUAGGUGAACUUGUUAGCGUAUUCAAAAAAAAAGUAGUGAAUAAUUGAAAAUGUAAAUAAUUUGCUAGUUGAAUGCUAGUAGCGGACAAAAAAUUUAGAAAUCCGAAAGCUUUUCACAUUGAAACGAUAAAGAAUUAUUCAUUUUGAAAGCCUUUGAAACUAAAAAAAAUUAAAAAUAAUUUGUCAUUAAAUAUGAUUUCAUUUUACUUAAAAUCAAAUUUCAAAGGCUUUUGAAUAUGAAUAUGUAUGUUGUACAAAGAAUGAUUGAAAAAUCUCCCAAAAAACAAUUGUACUUUCCUUUUUCAUAAACAAAAAACUGUAUGCAAAAUUUUUUGCCAUUCUCGCUCUAAACUGAAAAAAUACGUAUACGCAAAAUAAUAAUUAAUACGUGUAAAAUUUCUGUAAGAUGUUUAACCAGAUAUUGACUGCUGACAGUGAGAUUAUAAAAAAAAAAAAAAAAAAAAUUGGUAACAAUUAAGUAACAAUUUUUCUGUAGGUAAAUUUGUUGUGUACGAAUUUCGAAUGUAUAGACCGGAAACCUCAAAUAA